AUGUCUCAGAGCAAUUUUGUGGAGCAGUUUGUGAAGGAGAAUGGGAGAGUGCCAAACUACGACGUGAAGCAGGCGAAGAGGGAGGCGAGGGCGCAGAAGCUGAUUCAGAAGAAGGCGACUGGGCUGAUUGGAAUCAAGGGGCGGCUGUUUGCGAAGAGGAGGAAGAGCGAGAAGAUUCAGCUGAAGAAGGCCGUGGCAGAGGUGGAGAAGAAGAGGGCUGUUGUGGCAGUGGGAGAUGGAAGAGCACUUCCAUCAUUCUUGCUUGAUCGAGAUAUUGAUCAGAAAUCAAAAGCAGAAUUCAGUAGGCGGAUAAAGAUGCAGAGGCAGAACAAGAUUGAGAAGUAUGCGGUGCCAGUUGCACAGGUAGAGGGGAUUGCUGAGAAAGAGGCAUUUGGGGUGGUGAAGACUGGAAAGAGGCAGAAGAAGCAGUGGAAGCGAAUUGUGAACAGGCCGUGCUUCGUAGGGGCUGAUUUCACGAGGAAGGCACCAAAACACGAGAGAUUCAUCAGACCAACGAGUCAGAGGAUGACGGUGGCAAAUGUGGUGCAUCCUGAACUGAAUGCAACCUACAAAUUGCCCAUUUUAUCAGUCAAAAAGAAUCCAUCUGGUGACAUUAUGACGUCAUUGGGCGUAUUGAGCAGGGGGACCAUUUUGGAGGUGAAUGUGAGUGAAUUGGGGAUAGUUGAUGGGGCUGGACAGAUUGUCUGGGGGAAAUAUGCGCAGAUCACAAACCAUCCAGAGCGAGAUGGCUGUGUAAAUUGCAUUCUGCUGGUUUAG